AUGGCUACCAAAUUCGAUGCUGAAAAUGCUGAUAACUUAGAAGAUAUUGAAAAACAAUUCGCCGUUAAAGCUGUUAUGCAAGCUGAAACUUACUGGGGAUUAUUAACUAAAAUUCCCGGUUCAAAAUUGAAAUUAACUAAAUAUGAUGAUGAUAUCUUUGAAAAAUUAUUAGAAGAUUUCCCAGAAUUCAAAGAUCCUGAAAACUUGAAGGAAAUUAGUGAAGAAAAAAUGAAAAACAAAGAAGGUAAAGAAAAAUGGAGAAAUUUCUGUGAAAAAUUCAAAGAAAUUGAAGAUUACAAUUUUGGAACUUUGUUAAGAACUAAAAAUACUGAAGAAUAUACUCAAUUUGGUACUAUUUUCGUAGUCAGAAUUCAAUUCUAUGCUAUUGAAAUUGCUAGAAAUAGAUAUGGUUUGAAUGACUGGGCUGUUGGUAAAUAG